AAAAGGCCUAUGGGAUGGAGAAUUGUCCACACUGGCAGCAAAAUGUCACACACAUAAGCAGAGGCUACUGUGUGACCUUUGUUGUUGUUGUUGUUUUACCCAUUUAGUUAUGGCCGUUUACUUGGCAGUAAAGUAAAAUGGAUUUGUAAGUUGAGGCAGGUCACUUUGCAAACACCCUCAAGCAGGCUGUUGAGUGUUUUUUAGAGAUAGCCUAGGUGUGGCCAGGUAUGUGCAGGUAGAAACCCAACAUCCCUCCGAGACAAUGGUUUCUUCUCCGCUGUCCGGCAGAGCGUGCGAACUAUUUUGACUGACAUAGUAGCGAACACAGACUCGGAUUUGUCAAGUUCCCAGACGGGUAGAGGAAUAAACAACAUGGUGGGAGUGGAGUGCAAGUCUGAGCAGGUGAGGGUGUGAGCCCUCUGCGAUUGGUCGACAAAAAGACUGACGGCUGGACAGAUCGAUACUGUCAGAGGAGAAGAAGAAUGGCUCAAAAUGUUAACUUUGACGUGAUGCACCCUCUCAUUGAAGCUGGAGUGGAGAGCCCGGCAGAUGAGGAAGGUGUUCAUGACUCGUUCAGCAAGCUGAUAGCAGAGCAGAGUCACACUGAAGGCCUGUCUGACGCCUUCGAGCUACAGCAGCUGCAGAGAGAACUGGACGAGGAGGGUGGAGACCAUGUGGCCUACCUGUCCAGCCCUGGAGAUGGAUUUAGAGGAAGUAGGCAGGGGCUAAGGGACGUGGAAUGGGAGGAUGAUGAAAGACAGACAGACCCCCUCGUAGGUGAACGUUGGUCCUCGGCCACCUUGAAGGUCCUGUCCUCCAUGCCCAGUCGCACCAUCGGACGCAGCAGAGGAGCCAUCAUCUCUCAGUACUACAACAGGACCAUGCAGCUUCGGAGACGCAGGCAGAGCAGACCCUCUAUCCGAGACUUCUCUCACUCUGCCAGACCGAGCAUACGAGGCUACGGCAUGGAGGCAGACAGUACGGACGCAGACGGCGCACCGGUGAGUAAGAGGGAACGUUUGGUGAACAACCUGCAGAACCUCUCAGUGAGCGACAGAAUCAGGAUGCUCAGAGGGAUGCCUCUCAGUUUGGCUGAGAAGAGCGAACUCAGGAGGUUAGCAUUACAAAAGGAGAUACGCACACUUUCUGGCAGUAAGAUCCCCUGUUGCAGUCAACUCAAAUAUUAUAUCAUCAUUGCUGCAAGACAGAGUUGGUACAGCUGGCUGUCCUUCCUGCACUCCCUCCAGCUGUGGCAAGUGGCACUCAAGAGAGUGAGUGGGCGUUUCGGCACUGGAGUCCUCUCAUACUUCCUGUUCCUCAAGGCCCUACUCUUCUUCAACCUCUUCCUGUUUCUGGUGACGGGUGCGUUCUUGGUGUUGCCUCAGGCAGUGCACCCUCCGGUGCUGCCUGUGGAGAGACCCGCUUUCUCCGGACUGGAGCUCCUCACCGGAGCGGGCUAUUUCUCAGACACAGUGAUGUACUAUGGAUACUACGGUAACUACACAUUGCGCAGGAGCUGCAGGGAUGAUGUUGGAGGCAAGAGUGUCUCUGUGUCCAAUGGAACCAGCCUGGGCUGCAUAUCGAAGCACCACUCUUACAACAUGCCGCUUGCUUACUUUUUCACCAUAGGAUCGGCUUUCUUCAUCACAUGUAUCAUCCUCGUGUACAGCAUGUCAAAGUCGUUUGGUCAGAGCUUCCGAAUUGACAAAUCUCACAGUAUCUUGGCCAUGAAGGUUCUCUGCUCCUGGGACUUCAAGGUCAUUAAGAAAACCUCUGUCAAACUCAUGUCUGAGAAUAUCUGCACCCAGCUCAAGGAGCUGCUAGCAGAGGUGAAUCAUAACGAUGUCAAGAACACUGUGUGCCAGAAGCUGUGGAGACUGACGGUUCAUGGCAUUGCAUGGGCUAUCUGCAUAGCAAGCACCACUUCCUGUGUGCUUGGUAUUUACUACUUCUCUGGUCACAUGCACCAGAACCUCCAGCAAAAUUCUCGUAGUGCCACCAAGAACCCCUUGUUGCACGAGGCCAGCCUGCUGGCUCUCCCCGUGGUGGUGUCCCUCAUCAACCUGCUGCUGCCCGGCCUGUUCAACCUCGCAGCCUGGAUGGAGGACUAUGAGUCACCUUCUGUACGCACAUAUGUUGCCAUCGGCAGAAACUUGAUGUUGAAAAUAAGCGUGCUUGGAGUCCUGUGCUACCACUGGUUGGGCCGGGUGGCUGCUGACCCUAAAAUUAUUGAACUGAAGUGCUGGGAGAGUUUUGUUGGCCAGGAGCUUUAUCGUUUCCUGCUCAUGGACUUCAUCUUCACUCUACUGGACACCUUGUUUGGAGAGUUUCUUUGGAGGUUGUUUUCUAAUAGGGUGAUGAAGAGGAGGAGGAAACCAGUUUUUGAUAUCGCCAGGAACGUCCUUGAACUCAUCUAUGGACAGACGUUGGCCUGGCUGGGUGUUCUCUUCACUCCUCUCCUGCCUGCAGUGCAGAUUAUCAAACUCUUGCUGCUCUUCUACAUUAAGAAGAGCAGCGUGAUGAUGAACUGUCAGGCCCCCAGGAAGCCAUACAGAGUCAGCCAGAUGACCACCGUCUUCAUCACUCUCCUCUGCUUCCCCUCCUUCCUCAGUGCCUCUGUGUGCGUCACAUACACCAUGUGGAGUAUCACGCCCUCCUCGACGUGCGGUCCGUUCCGCGGGCUCAAAACGAUGUUGCAGGCGGGGAAGCACUGGAUGGAAGAACUGGAAAAAGAUAAUCCCAACCUGUCCGUGCUGGCCAGGGCUCACUCCUACCUGGUGGAAAACCCUUUCUUCCUGUUCGUGGGAGCAGGCAUCUUCCUGAUAGUCAUCUACUUCCACAGUCAGGUGGUGGACGGCCAAAGGAAGAUCAUUGGCUUACUACAGGAGCAGAUAGAAAAUGAGGGAGAGGAUAAGAAGUUUCUGAUCACUCGCCUCCAGUCUAUCCAUGAGCGAAGACGAACCCCAGCUCGCAGACUCACAAGUCAGGACUCGAGCUGUUGAGAACCCAAACUCUUUGUCUCCAGUAGACAAGCCCCCUCAAUUCUCUGAACACUGAGGUCUGGAGAAAUCUUAAACCAGCGGGGAUAUAACUGGAAUGAAACCUGUAUAAACUGUAUAUAUGACCAGCUUCAGAUGUAUUAUGCAUUUGGUAGAUUUAAAAUGUGGCUAGUAUUUUAAUGGCUGUGGAGCAUUUGCAGAGAGGGGAAACAAACAAUGUGGAAAUAUCAGGCAAAACAAAGCUGUCUGCUUUAUACAUUAUGUUUAUAGAUGACAUACCUGAACUCCAACUUUAAGUUAAACGUUACAGACACAGUAUAACCCGAAAAAUGUUAAAGCUGAUGUUAUCAGUUUAUUCCAGUCAUGUCUCGUAGAAGCACUUUUCAUAUCAACUGUGAACAAAUAGUUUUUAUUCUUUUUUCUUAUGCAAACAAAUGUACGUAGUCUACAAUGUUGUUUUUUAAUGGUUUUAAUUUUUUAGAUUUUAUCAGUAUGUGUGUUGGAGAUAAACUUUGGAUGCUGUGGGUGUGAUUAUGCAGUAUGAUAAUACUGGAAAUGUAUUCUUGUUUUUACAUUUUGUUUUUUGAGUUGUUUUUUUAGGGUGAUAACUACUACUUUAUUGUCAUACUUUUGUAAUUAUUAAAUUAUCUUUUUAUCAUA